ACCAACUGAGCUCCUUGGAGGGCUCCGCGAGGCUUGAGAAGUUCAGAGGGGCCGAAGGGUGGAUGCUCCAGGCUGCCCCUCUCGCGCGGGCGCCGUCUCCGCAGAUGCGCCGCGGCCUCUGCGCCCCGUGAGCCCCGCGAGCCCUUUGCCUGCCCGGUGGAAGAGGUCCCCGGGGCGCAGGUGGUCGCUGCCGAGACGAUGAAGGAGGAAAGCAUGUGCCUGGACUCCCCCGAAGGCAGCCUGGUCACCAGCGAGGAGGAAGGCGAGCGGCUGCACAAGAAAUGCCUCCGCAAGCGAGGCCAGGCGGGCAAGCCGGCGGAGGAUGGCGGAGCCCCCUCGCUGCAGGGCAAGCGGAGCAAGCGCAGUCCCGUCCCGCAGUCCUUCGAGGAUGUGCACACCCAGCGGGUGAUCGCCAACGUGCGGGAGCGCCAGCGGACCCAGUCGCUCAACGACGCCUUCGCGGAGCUGCGGAAGAUCAUCCCCACGCUGCCCUCCGACAAGCUGAGCAAGAUCCAGACCCUCAAGUUGGCCGCGCGCUACAUAGACUUCUUGUACCAGGUGCUGCAGAGCGAUGAGCUGGACCACAAGAUCACCAGCUGCAACUACCUGGCCCACGAGAGGCUCAGCUACGCCUUCUCCGUCUGGAGGAUGGAAGGGGCUUGGUCCAUGUCCGCGUCCCACUGAGCCGGGGCCAGCUCCACGGACAUAGGUGCAAGCAGCGGCUGAAGAUGGAGACCGGCUCCCAGCAGGAAUUCAUUUCAGGAUGAGCCACAUUGAAACUCUUGUCUUCCUGGAAACUUUGCUAGGAUCUUGCUGGUGACAACCACGACGAAAACAGCCCGAGCAGAGCAAGCCCGUGCCCCCCUCACCACCACAUCUCUGCAGCCCUGGGUGUUUUGCAGCUCUGUUCAGCCCCUCUUGGGGCUCUGUGCGUGGUCCCAAAAGAUGAGGCUUUGUGGACAUCACCACUGGGUGCCUGAGCCUGCAGCUGACGCCGGAUGGAAACACAAUGAGAGCGUGGCUUUCGCCGUGGGUAGCCUGCAAGUUUCCACACCACGUUGACAAAACCCAUGCUGAAGAGCCGUGUGCUUUGUCACUGCCCAGCUGAAGGCGGUUUUCCUUGGGGUCAUCCAGGGCUUUUGAGUAAGGGUCCCCCCCCGCCUCCCCCAGACUCAGGGCUGGUUCCCACUGGGUGCUAUCGGUGCCCGGGUGGACCGACGGGCAGCUCCAGGUCUGCUCAUUUACUUGCAGACCCCUUUAUUUAAGCUGAGUGCUUGGCAGGAGUUUUGUUCCCAUGAUAAACAGAGGAAUUAAAGACAUUUAGAGCUCCUAAAGACCUCCCUUCUAAAUGAAAAACCUCCCUGUAAAAUCCCUCGUGCCCUGCAAGCGUGGUGCUCGCAGUGUGUUAUCGCUGCUGGUUAAUAUUCAUCCCUAGAGGCUCCGGAGCUUGCCUGGAGGCAAAGCAUCCUUCGGCUGAAUAGAUAAUAAUCUGUUUUGUGCCAACCUGCAGCGGUAUUCGGGUGCCAAUUAGCAGCUCCCGGUUGGGCCGGGAAGUACCGGGAGGAGGAUUUGCUAAGCAAAGAACAAAAAGAGGGAACCGCCACGGGGGGGGGGAAGCGACGCUGGAGCUGGAAAGGCUGUGUCCCUCUCCCGUAAGUGAAUUAACCCAGCGCUUGCAAUGGGACUGUAAUUUUAUAAUGUAAAGCAGCUAAUGGCUGCUGCGAGCGCCGGCAUACUGGUCUCCACUGGAACUCAGCCUAUUAAAUAUCAAAGGCCGCUGGAGGAGCUGGAUGUGGAUAUGCCCUUGUUAACCAGGAGACAUCAUCCGGGGAAAGAGGGAUGGAGCCCUCAGGCAAGAAAAAAAUCAUGUUUGAAGUCCCCCAAGCUCACGGCUUUCAGCACAGUCUUGAGCACAUUAAAAUGGUUUCUUUUCCUGCUGGAGGAGAAAAUGAGGCUGAAAGCAGAAACUGCUGGGGGGGAAAGACUGGCGGAGUUGUAAGGGGUGAUAUUCUUUGCCCUUCAUUUGUCUCCCUGGAUUUAUUGUCUUUCUCGCAUUGCCCUCACUUAAUUGUCUGUCCUGAAAGACCUUGGAUAAAUCUUCCCUUUGGGGACUGUU